AUGACAGCCAAAGGUAUUCCACAUUACGAUCGAGCGGCUCGUAUCAUUUUAAAGGACUACGUCAGAGGUCGUCUUCGAUACUGCCACCCACCUCCAGGCGUGAGUCUGGAUGAUUAUCGUCUCGCCGGUGUCCUUAUUGACUCUUCACUACUCUCUUUGUGUAAACCUGGUAUUUCUCCCGGUACCGAUAUUUCCAUCCUUCCAAGAAGAAUCAAUAGUCCUUCAUCAUCAACCAUUGAUGUUUCAACCCCUAGCCUUGUUGCAGAGUCAGUCACUGAAGUCAAAUCUUCACCAGAUCACUUGGCAUGUCUUGCUGCUUCUUUACAUAUUGAGGUUACUGACCUCUGUCAUCUUCCUAACGAUAAACUACAUACUCUGCUUAUAAGCCGUCACAAGGUUUCUAAGCCACUUCUAGGUCAGGAAAAAGGAGACCUUGAUGAGAUAGAUCGAUCUAUGUCAUUCGGAUAUGGCUACAAGUCUAAGCAAUUUGUUACUCUCCGACUCAGUGAUUCUAAUGAGAAAGAGAGAAUAUCUACUCAGAUGACGGAUGAAGUUGGUGUGCAUUUGGAAAACGAUGAUAAUGAAGGUUCAUAUGCUCCCUCCACUUGCUCCUGGGAGACGGCCUCUACCUCAGCUUCCUCAAAUCUGGUCUCGGGUCGAACACCAGUAGAUUUCUCUGUGGAUGACGAAAGGCCUUCGCGCAUGUUCUCCAACUACAAGAAGUUAAACAAUCUUCAUCGGCCAGCCAAGACUUGUGGUGGCAACCCAGUAAACACAAUAAAAAAAGGAAAGAAAAAGGAGAAACUAAGACGCGUUUUUGCCCAUCUGGAUAUUCAUGAAAAUACCUAA